ACACUUGUGUUGAAAUCAGAGAAGUUGCGAUUGUGAAUCUGCAAUUUGUAUUUUGCAGUGCACUUGUGUCUUUUAUUUUUAGCUUACCACCAUUAUUUCUUCUGCAGUAAUUUAUUACAGCUGCACGCAGAUAUUCAGUGUAAUUAUCUAAAAACUCCCUAUAUCCUACAAAAUAUACCUACACAUCUCCUCUAUAACUUGAUUCGUGCGCAUCUUGUUUAGACUAAGCUUAACUUAUAGCAUUGCAUAAUGCCGGUACGAGCCGUUUGUGUCUUGAACGGAGAUGUCACCGGCACGGUGUUUUUCGACCAGAAGGAUGAGAAAUCUCCUGUAGUGCUGUCAGGUGAAGUCAAUGGACUCCAAAAGGGCCUACACGGUUUCCACGUGCACGAGUUCGGUGACAACACCAACGGCUGCACGUCCGCGGGCGCGCACUUCAACCCUCAGAAGCAGGAGCAUGGCGCCCCCGACGCCGCCGUGCGCCACGUCGGCGACCUGGGCAACAUUGAAGCCACCAGCAGCGGUGGAGCCACUAAGGUAUGCAUCCAAGAUUCGCAGAUCUCCCUCGUUGGGCCAAACAGUAUCAUUGGGCGCACCCUGGUGGUGCACGCAGACCCUGAUGACCUGGGCAUCGGAGGCCACGAGCUGAGCAAGACCACCGGCAACGCUGGCGCUCGCAUCGCGUGCGGCGUCAUCGGCCUGGCUAAAUUGUAAACUUGGUCAACCAUAGUCCAAAUUUGCAACUAGCAUACUCUAUUUUCAACAGUAACAGUCAUUAAAGUUCAUUAACAUAAAAUAAUGUCUUGUUAUUUAGCCUAUAUUCAAAUCUGGUAAUUGGCAAACAUUCAAUACCUACCAGUAAUUCAAAUGGCUCAAGUUACCUUUUAAAACUGUUUAGUGAAAAAUAUAUUUGGCUAUCAUGUAUCACCCUGCCACCAGAGAUGUUAUCUGAUCAAGAUUUGUUACUGUAAUAUUUGGGUAUAUACUGUUAUCUUCCAAUGAAGCAUCAAUUUAUUGUAAUUUAAUAAACUUUAAAAAAAAUACACCUUUUUAUGUACUCAUAAUGUAUGUUACUGUUGAAAUGUUGUUCCUUUUAAACUCCAAUAUAAGUCAGUGAUAGCUACUUAAUAUCACAAAUAUAUAGGCAUUCUAUAAUUUAUUAUCUCAUUUGUGAAUAUAGGUAUAAACCUGCCUGUUUAAAGCAUUUUUAGAAUUUAAAUCUCUUAUGAACCAUAUCUAAAUGUGAAAUCUUUUAAACUGUUACAUUUUAUAACAUGAAUCAAUAAAAUAAUACAUUUUAGGAUUUAAACUAUCGUGAGUAUUAUUCAUUUAUUAUGAAACAAGGCUUAAAUUCACACAAUACAAUGACACAAUACGUACAAGUAUGCUCUCUCUCAUCUGGAUCAUGCUGCAUUUCAAAACUAAUCAGGCAUACUCUGAUUUUAUCAUCAGGCAUACGAUGAUCAGGUAUAUGAUGAUGUGAGUUUUAGCUGUGUUUCAUAAUAAAAUAAAUUAAUAAAAAUAAUACAUAGUAGAAAAAUUUCAUGUAUUUCAUGUAACUUGGCAUCCAGCUAAAUGUGCAACAUAUAUUGUCCUCUUCUUACUGAUAAUAUCUUUAAAAUGCCUAUAUUUAGCAUUCCUAAGGGUACCAUGCAAUCAAAUGAGAAAAUUAUCUAUAAACUAUACUAAAGCCAUUGAGACAAAAAAAUAAGAAUGUAAAAUCAUGUAUGGUGUCUCACUGGCUUUAGUAUCUUCGUAAUGAAAAUAUUGGUUUAGUAUCCUUGUAAUAUUAAAAUAAGUGUUUGAAUAAUAGCAAAAUGAUAUUUUAAAUGUCGGCUUGAGGGUUUGUUUUUUUCAAUAAAGUCUAAUUAUAAAGUU